AUGGCCACCAUUUUAACAGCUCAAGAAAGAGCUUUGAGGAAAGAUCCUCCCAAAAACUGUGUAGUUAUCCCGCUCCGAGGUACAGUGGAUGAUGCUAUUCUCCUUAAAACUCUGCGAAGGUUUUCUAUUGAAGUUUGGAAUUUAACCCAAAAUUGGAUAGUUUGUUCUCGAACAACAGCGUCUCAGAUAGAAAAGCUUGUUAAUAACCGAUUGAAAAUUUUGUUCUCUCGUAAUUCAUACGCUUCUGACGAUUUUUCUUCUGCGCAGCUACCUGAGUUAGAACGUAAACAAGCCCUUAAAGAAAUAGUAGAGCAGAUGCAUUAUAUCAACGAAAAUCUUGAUAAACUGCAAAGAAUUGUUGACAAGUUUGGAAUUGCCAUGACCCGCACGAACGCAUAUUCUGAAUUGUAUCCAAAUGCUGGUCCUCAAAUGACUUUUAUAAUUUCUACCCUCCUAGAUUGUUUACCUCAAGUUAUAAGCAUGUACUCAACUGAGUUAGAAUCCAAACGAAAUGGAUUAUUAGAUAUUUCCGAAUUUGAGCAUCAAACUGUAUUUACUGCGAUUUGCCUCUCGUUCAAGUAUGAGCCGUUCGUUGAUGAAAAUCUGAUAGCAAGACUUUAUGCCUUAGAAAGCAUCGAGAUCAAUUUCGAAGAUUUACCUGAUGGAGAUGAAGUUCUUCAAAUAUUACGAGCUGAAAAGGCUUUUCUCCAUUACUGGAUUCGUUUAGGGCUAGAAUAUUAUCGUAGAGGUCAUUAUGAAAUUUUUGUCCGACUACUGGAAAACUCUGGUAGUGAAGCUUCCCUUGAAUAUGAGGACGUAUCGAACGAUCAGAUGAAGGCUUUAGAUAUCUUAGCUGCUUAUUUUGUUAGAUUGGCUCACAGAGAGAGAGGAAAUAAGGAAAAGAAAAGAGAUCUGUUCGCCAAAGCAACUCUUCUAUAUACAACGGCUGAUAAGCUAAAAAUGUAUGAUACUGAUCAUCUCACAGGAAGAGCUUAUUUCUGUCUGGUGGAGGGAAAGCAGAACAAAUUAGAUUCAGCGGCACAACAGUUCAAUUUUGUUUUGAAACAGAACUCGAAUGAUAUAGCUGCCAUGAUGGGUAUGGCAUGUAUUUCAUUCAAUAAGAAAGAAUACAGCACAGCGUUAUACUAUUAUAAGAAAUGUUUGAGACAAAAACCCAUUGGUCCUGCAGAUUUCCGAGUUGGAAUAGGUUAUUGUCUUGCUAGGAUGAACAAACUUGAAAAAGCAAGACUUGCCUUUGAAAGAGCUUUGGAGAUUCUCCCCACUCACGUUUCCGCUUUGACUGCUUUGGCAAUUAUGGAUCUCAAUGAAUAUUCCGAAGAAUCCCUGCAGUUGGCUGUGAAAAGACUGAGUGCAGCUUACAAACUCGAACCCGAAAAUCCUGUCGUUCUUGUACAUUUGGCAAAUCACUUCUUCUACAGAGAGGACCGAGAACGAUCCGAACAACUCGCUUGGCACGCUAUGUCGAUAGCGGAAAGCGAUCAAAUUAGAGCUGAGGCUUGUUUCCAACUUGCUCGGUGCUUCCAUUGCAACUUAGAUUAUGACAAAGCUUUCAAAUAUUAUUACCAAGCGACCACACUUAAUCAUCCCUCAUUUAUUCUUCCUUAUUACGGUCUUGGACAGUUGCACAUUCAAAGAGGAGAAUUCAAUCAAGCUAUUCACGCUUUUGAAAACAUUCUAAAAGUGCAUCCUAACAAUACUGAAACAUUAAAAGUUGUGGGCUCCCUAUAUGCUCAUUCUGAAGGAGAAAAUGCGGAGAAGAGACAGAAGGCUCGAGAGGCAUUCACGAAGUAUUUAGCUUCGUAUCCUGAUGAUAUCGAGGUCUUAAUUGAUAUGGCUCAACUAUUAGAAUAUGUGGAUCCUCAGAAAUCAUUAGCUUAUUAUGAACACGCUGUGGACUUAUUGGGUAAAGAAGAGAUCGAUUCUCCAUCCGAAAUCAUGAAUAAUAUGGGAUCUCUUCAUAUGCACUUGGGAAACUUUAAGCAAGCCUUAGAGUGCUACGCCGAUGCUGAACACCGUCUAUUGAUGGAAAAUGCUAUGGAAACGUCUGAUGGACAAAAUGUUUUGCUUACCAUACGGUAUAAUAAAGGAAGAUGUUAUGAACACAUGUGCCUGUUUGACGAUGCUGCUGAAAUUUACAAAGGAAUUUUGAAGAUUAGAGAAGAUUACAUUGAUUGUAUGAUUCGAUUAGGAUGCCUUGCUAGAGACCGUGGGCAAAUUUACGAUGCAUCUGUUCAGUUCAAAGAAGCUAUGUCUAUAAAUCCAGGACAUGCUGAUGCCUGGACUUUGAUUGGAAAUUUACAUAUGGCCAAACAUGAGUGGGGUCCAGCUCAGAAAAAGUUCGAGCACAUUCUCAAGCUUGGUGACCUCAAACACGAUGCCUAUUCACAUAUUGCCUUGGGAAAUAUUUGGUUAGAAUCGUUGUUCAAUCCCAUGAGAGACCGAAGAAAUGAUGAAAAAUACAUGGACAGAGCUAUCAGUAUGUUUGCAAAGGCAAUCAAAAUUCAACCGAAAAACAUGUGGGGAGCAAACGGAUUGGGAUGUGUAUUGGCACUAAAGAAACAAUGGUUGGAAGCUAGAGAUAUCUUCACACAGGUUAGAGAAGCCACCGCCGAGUUCUUCGAUGUAUGGGUCAACAUAGCUCAUGUAUAUAUGGAGACACGCCAAUAUGUUCCAGCUAUCCAAAUGUAUGUAAAUGCAAUGAAGAAGUUUGGCAAAGAAAAUGAUUCUCUGAUGCUUAUGUAUCUGGCCAGAGCAUAUUUCCGCGCUAACAAGCUGUUGGAUGGUCGAGAAACCUUAGAGAGGGCAAUAUUUGAGGCUCCGGAUAAUGUACAGAUCAAAUUUAACCACGCUUUCAUUCUCAAGAAAAUGGCGAAAGACACACUAGCUGAUGUGAAAUCAACUACCACCAUGGUGAAUGGCGCCAUUGACGAUUUGAGAACAGCAGAAAGAGUAUUAACAUACAUUAGUAAUAAUAAAGAUGAUACACUGAGUGGAGCUCGGUAUGUGUCUAGAACUGCCGCCGGCGAAGAAGCCAGAGAAUGUAGAGAUUUGUUGAAACAGGCUCAAACUUAUCUCGCUCGUGCUCAACUUCAAGAUGAAGAAGAGAGUCGGCUCAGAGCCAAACAAGAAGAAGAACGCUUGUCUCUUUUACGUAAAAUGCAAGAAGAGCAACAAGAGAAAGAAGCUGAAAGACUUCGCAAAGAAGACGAACUUCGGUCUCUUCGUCAUACUUAUGUGUCUAUGACUAAAGAUAUACUGAAAAUGCCUGAGAUUGUCGAAGAGAAGAAAUCCAGAGGCUAUGGAAAGAAGAGGAAAGGAGGAGAUGGCGAUGAGUUUGUCAAUGAUAGUUCUGAUAUGGGAGAUUGGCAGAAUGGAGAAGAAGGCGGCGAAAAGAGGGAGCGGAAGAAGAAAGAUAAAGAAUCCAAAAAAGGAGAAAGAAAAAGAAGAGAAAAAAGAAUCAAGAGAGGUAGUGGAUCUGAUGAUGGUGAAGACAAGAAAGCUGCCAAGCGAAGAAAAAGGAAAGAAGCGGCAGCUCGAAAGGCUGCUGAGAAACAAGCCAAGAACAAUCCAAAAAUUAAAAGUAGACAGUUCCUCUCGUCCGAGGAUGAUGAUUCGGACUCGGACAAAAAGUCUCCGAAGUCCGAUGAACCUAGCACAAUGCAUGUUCCGGAUAGCCCUCCACCUCCAGUACCUUCUAGUGAUGAUUCCGAUGAUAGUGUGCCUAAGCCUAGAAAAAAGAAGGCUGCUGUUGAUUCUGACAGUUCGGAUGAAGGAUCAAAUGCUUCUCCUGCCAAUAUAAGAUCUAAUGACGAUGAUGAAGGUGAUUUGGAAGAUAAGGGAUCUCAAUCAGAUGCUGCCUCCAGCUCUAAUAGUGACUCAGACUAA